AUGGAAUAUUUGAUCAGCAAAGGUGCAAAGACAGAUGUGAAGGACAAGAAAGGAAGAACACCGCUGCACAGGGCUGCUGAGAAAGGCCAUGGUGACGCAGUGGAAGUGCUUCUUCAACAUGGUGCUUAUAUGUACAGUCUGGAUAUGGCAGGCAAGACGCCACUUCAUUUGGCUGCACAGAACAACCACAGUCACAUAUUGAAGAUGCUCCUGAAAGAAGAGGCAAGAAGCUACAGGAGCCAGCACAACUUUUUGCACAGGGCAGCUCUUAAAGAUGAGAGCAGUCUGGCAGAAAUGCUUUUAAAGGCUGGUGCCUCCACUGAUGGAAGGGAUGAAAGAGGACAGACUGCUCUCAGUUACGCUGUUUCUCAGGGGUCUGAAAAUACUGCAAAAGUACUGCUAGAAGCCGGAGCCAGUGUUGAUUCCAACAUGGCCGAAAGAGCCCUCAACAGCAACCGCCCAUCCAUCUUCAAAAUACUGCUAGAAUAUUCGAAAGAUUUGUCGCCUGACAUAAUGGAGUCAGCUCUUUUUAGAGCUGUACAGAAAAAUCUGCAUGCUAUUGUAGCAGCUUUAACUGACAGAGGAACAGAUAUAAAUGCCUACAAUGAAAUGCAGUACACUCCUUUACUCCUGGCGUGUGAAACAGGCAAAGCUGAAUCAGCAGAAGUUCUAAUCAAAAAGGGAGCAAACCUCGGAAUAAAGACUCCUGCUUCAGACACAGCUUUGCAUUUGGCAGUUCAAGCUGGGGCUGCUUCCAUCGCAAAUCUGCUUCUGCGCAAAGGGAUGGAAGCUAACCUUACGAACCGAGACGAUGAAACCCCACUCCAUGUUGCUGCAAUUCAUAAUAAAGGAGCAUUAGUUGGCCUUUUAGUUAAUGCUGGGGCCAAAAUUAAUGCUGUCACUAAAGAGUUUGUUACUCCCCUGCACAUUGCAAGUCAAAGAGGUAACGCUGAUGUUGCCCAACAGCUGCUGCUCCACAAAGCCGACGUUAACGUUAAGGAUAAGCAAUCAAAAUCACCUUUACACUUUGCUGCUGAGAGGGGAGACAAAACAAUGGUAGAAAUGCUUCUGAAUGCUAAAGCUGACCCCAACGCACAAGACAAGGAGAAAAAGACUCCCCUGCACGCUGCAGCUGUGAGAGGACAUCUCAGUAUCGUGAAAGUUCUGUUAGCUAAAAAAGGAAGAUCUGGAGCUAAGGACAUGGAUGGAUGUACUCCAGUGCACUAUGCAGCCAUCAAAGGAAACACAGAGGUCAUAAAAACUCUCCUGACAUCAGGGAAAAAUAAAAAUAUUGAUGAUAGAAACAUCUGGAGAAAGACUGCACUGCAUAUUGCAGCGGAAUAUGGGCACAGCGACUUGAUAAACCUAUUACUGAGCCACGGGGCAGCCAUUAAUGCCUUAGACAGCAGCAAGGAUACUCCAUUGCACUGUGCGUGCAAGGCUGGUCAUUUUAGUGCUGCAAAUUCCCUUGUAAACUGGUCACAAGGAGAAAAAGCAAAUUUACUAGCUGCUAAUAGUCUCAAAAAGACCCCAUUGCAAGUAGCAGAAUUUAAUAAAACAGAAAAUCAGGCUCAAAUUGUAACACUUUUGAAAAAGAAAAUGUUAAUAACAAAAUGA